CAGGAGAGGAUGGAGACUUUGAAAUAAAAAAAACCUAUUUCAUCUCCAUUAACGAAAAUAACUUUUGGCUGUGAAUGAUUCGAACCACAUGCGUCGUAGGUGUAUUCACUGCCCAAAUGGUUCGGUUCAUCAUCUGAUCAACGUGGCCCACAUCUUGGAACUUUGGUUUGGAGCCCACCAUUUCUCAUAGUACGAGACUGGCGACUGCUUGACUUUCCUCUUAAACUGCUUUUACAUCUCUUAUUUUCCUCUCAUUGUUCUCUCUGUCUUCCAUCUUCUUCACUUCUGCUGGAAAUACAAGCUGAGAAAGCCAAACAGAUUCAUUCAACUUCAACAUGAGUCUACUGGGUUUUCUCAAAUUUGCUCUGAAUUUCCUUGACGUUUUUGCAUGGCCUCUCUUUGCUUUGGGGUAUCCUCUAUGUGCUUCGAUCCGGGCAAUUGAGAGUAAUUCAAAUUGGGAGACUCAGAAGUUGGUCACAUAUUGGAUUUCCUUCUCUUUGGUUUCACUCUUUGAGCAUUUUUUCGUGAACCUCCUUGAAUGGAUACAGAUCUGGCCUCACAUUAAGUUAAUGAUCAUCUGCUCGUUGGUUAUACCUUACUUCGAUGGUGCUUUUUACGUCUAUAAUCACCUUGUUCGUCCAUACCUCUUACUUGACCCACAAGUUAUUGUUGAUGAAUUCAAUAAGUGGAGGGUGCUCUUAUGCAAGAAAGAUCACUUUCUAGCUGAGGUAGAGAGGUAUGUCAAAGAGAAUGGACCCGAAGCUCUCGAGAAACUCAUUGAUAAAGAGUUGAAGACCAAAAAGCUUAAUGUUGACGUGGAAGAGAUCAAAGCUAUUGCAGCUACAGAGAAAAAAGAAGUGGAGUGGAUAGAUAAUAAAGCUAUGGAAGUAACAGAGAAGAAGGAGGUUCCUGCAGCCAAGAGGAUGGUUCUAGCAGAUCCUAGCCUCGAUGAGACUGAUAACAGAACAUCAGCCACCAUGGAGAUUAAAGGACCAGUUAUGGUAGUUGCAGCAUCAAGGGAAGUUCCUGAUAUAUCCGUGUCUAAGAAAGUCCAAAAAGUAUGGACUUGUCCUAUAUGUCAGGUAACCACUGAAAGUGAAAAAACCUUGAAUUUACACUUUCAAGAGAUGACACACAAGGCUACUUAUGAAGAGCUGAAAGCAAAGAACCAGCCAAACAUUGUCAAUUUUGGAUCUUUUUUAACGGUAUUGGCUUCAACUACAAAGGAAACUUAUCAGCCAAUUGAGGAACCACAAAAGAAUGAAUCCACCAAUGGAUUGAUAGAGAGCACUACUACAAAUCAAGAGGAAAUAGGGAAAGGCCAGCCAAAGAGUGUCACGUCUUCAACUGCAAAGGGAUCUGAUCAGCCCGAAAAACAGUUUCAGACCAACAAGCCUAAUGUUGACGCAGAAGAGAUCAAAGCUAUUGCGGCCACAGAGAAAAAAGAAGUGGAGUGGUCACACAACAAAGAACCUGAUAUUGUGCAGAAAGAUAAUAAAAUUGUGGAAGUAACAGAGACGAUAGAAGUGCCUGCAGUCAAGAGGAUGAUUCUAACAGAGCCUAGCCUGGAUGCGACUGAUAACAGAACAUCAGUCACUAUGGGGAUGAAAGGGCCAGAUAUAGCUGUUGCAGCAGCCGUAGAACUUUCUGAUAUACAGAAAGUACAGAAAGAGUGGACUUGUGCCAUAUGUCAGGUAACCACUACAUGCGAAAAAAACUUGAAUAUGCACCUUCGAGGGAACAGACACAAGGCUUCUUAUGAGGCACUGAAACUGAAAGCUAAGAUCCAGCGAAACGAUGGAUUGAAACGGAAGAUUAUCCCUACUGAUGUGAAGAAACCCAUUUUCAUGUGCAACAUCUGUAAUGUACGCUGCCCUGGAAUGGUCCACUUGGCUUCUCACUUCCGAGGGAAAAAGCACUUGGCGCAGCUUCAAGUUUUUAAUGGAUGUGGUGAAGGUUCGACAGUAUGACAUGAUAAACUUUUAUUUUGGAUUAUGUUGAAUUGAUGUAUUUGCAUCAGCACACCAAUACCAGAUGUGAAAUGCAAGUAAUUGUCUGUUAUAUUUUGUCUCGAUGAGAUAAAUUUACAGACAAAAUAUAACAGACAUAGUGAGAUAAAUUUUGUCUCACUCUGUUCGCAUGACACUGUCAAUUUACUCUUUAAGAUUGGAAUAGGAACUUUUCAA